AUGGGGAGGGGUUUUUUUGCCAACCCAAUUGUCCUGCAUGACAUCUUAUGCACCUGUGAUGGUGUUGUUUUGGGAUCUACAGCCUUGCAUCUUUUAUUGCUGGCCAGCCAUACAUAUUCUACCUCGUGGCUUCCUACCAACCUAGACAUCUAUGUUCCCUUUUGGUUGGAGAACCUCAUAGCCUGUCUUUUGGUUGGUCAGGGAUAUUGUCUGCACAAGCCUGCUUCUGUUGAUGUGGCUGUGUAUGCAGGGACCUCCAUCCAUUCAGUAUGUGCUUUCUCAAAGGGUCACUACAAGAUUGAUGUCAUCAUCUCAGCAAAUGCUGCCUCCAUCGCACCUGUUUUCCAGUUUCACACCACUGCUGUCAUGAACUGUGUCUCUGCAGAUCACAUAUUCUGUGCUUAUCCUGCUCUUACAAUGUGGGCACACUCUCAUGUCAAUCCCAUGCUCCUCUAUAAUGGUGGACUGCACUGCAAGGCCACUGCCCCACUGUGGAAAUACAUGUCACAUGGUUUCACAUUCAAACCAUGUGUCAAGUCUCAUAGGUUCAGGUAUGCAUGUCACAACAAGACUCACACUGUGACAGAUGGAGGCUGUAUGUGGGUCGAUCUAGAGAUGUUUCCACAUGUCACUGUGACACAGCAGGGAGCAGGGAGGAAGGAUCCAUAUGCUUCUUGGACCAGAGAGACUGAAAUGACCACAUAA